CAGAUGCUGCAAAGGAGCGGCAAAAAUCAAGGCUGCUGUCCGUAGCUGCUGCGACCCCGCUCUGGUCACGAGUCAUGAGUGACCGCCGCGGGUCUUCGAGUCAGAGCCGACAGCGACCGCAUUCACGCUCCACGUUCUGAUGGUGCGUCUAUCGACUAGAGCUCGAGCACCUUCCCAAGUCACUCUUUUCCCAACUUGCCACACGAAUUCUAUCCCCACAGCUUUUAGGUUCACACCACGUACCUGCUACUCACACCAUUCCGGUCGUCUCUUGCCUUCGUCGACACACUUCUGCUGGAGCAAGGCUUUGCUUGCGCCAAGAUGGUUAUGUCCAUGCGCCUUGCGCGCUCUGCAACAGCAGCCACAUCGAGUGUAGGUCGCUCCUCGUCAUGCAAAGGUGCUCGAAUGCUAAGCACUUCAUGUGCCAGAGCCAUCAACACACCCGCAACAGAGGCUACGAAAGCAGCAGGGAUCGCCUCAAGGCAGUCUCAGAUCAGAUCCAUCUCUUCUACGCCCUCCAACGAUGUCUCAGCCACUCCCCUCGCCAACCCUAAGGGCGCAGAGCGACCUGAGCCAGCAAGUACUUUCCAGCAGUCGCCAGAGCCAUCUCCCAUCCCAAUCAGGUCAGCCGACCUGGAUCACUCCUUUGUAGGCAUGUCCGGAGGAGAAAUUUUUCAUGAAAUGAUGCUCAGGCAUCAAGUCAAGCACGUCUUUGGGUACCCGGGUGGCGCAAUUUUGCCAGUCUUUGACGCCAUUCACAACUCCAAGCACUUCCAAUUUAUCCUACCCAGGCGAGAAGAUGGUGCCGGGCACAUGGCCGAAGGCUACGCUCGUGUAACCGGUAAGCCAGGUGUCGUGCUUGUCACUUCUGGUCCAGGCGCCACAAAUGUCAUCACCCCAAUGCAAGACGCUAUGAGCGAUGGUACACCUCUCGUCGUCUUUUGCGGUCAGGUGGCCACCAGCGCCAUUGGCAGCGACGCCUUCCAGGAAGCAGACGUUGUCGGUAUUUCACGCAGCUGCACAAAGUGGAACGUCAUGGUUAAGAAUAUCGCCGAGCUGCCUCGCCGCAUCAACGAAGCCUUCAAGAUUGCCACAUCAGGCAGACCAGGACCUGUGCUCGUCGACCUGCCCAAGGACGUCACUGCCGGUAUCCUAAGGCAAGCUCUACCUUAUUCGCAGACGCACCCUUCCCUCGCCGCCUUGCCGUCCAGAGCUACAGCCAGAUCCUCUCGCAGCAGAGCGAUUCGUCACCAAUCGCAGCCAGCUGGGCCCGGAAGCCUGCCCCAUGAGGCUCCCGAAAUCGCAGAGGCAGCGCGUCUCAUCAAUGGUGCCAAGCGACCAGUAAUUUACGCUGGCGCUGGAAUGCUCUCGACUUCCCAAGGCCCAGAGCUACUCAAGGAGCUCUCCGAGCGUGCAGGCAUCCCAGUAACCACCACCCUCCAAGGUCUUGGUGCUUUUGACGAGCUCCACCCGCUUUCUCUGCAUAUGCUUGGCAUGCACGGAUCAGCGUACGCCAACCUGGCAAUGCAGGAGGCAGAUGUCAUUAUCGCGCUGGGUGCACGCUUUGACGACCGCGUCACUGGUCGUGUGGACAAGUUUGCGCCUCAAGCUCGCGCAGCAGCUCUGGAAGGUCGCGGGGGUAUCAUUCACUUCGAGAUCAUGCCAAAGAAUAUCAACAAGGUGGUGCAAGCUACUUGCGCGCUGGAGGGAGACGUCAUCGCCAAUUUGGCCAAGGUGCUGCCUCAGGUCGAGCAGAAGACGCACCCCAAGUGGCACGCACGUAUCGCGGACUGGAAACAGCGUUUCCCGUUCACGUACUACCCGUCUGAUCCAUCCAAGGGCGAGUUCCCCAAGCCUCAGGAGGUUAUUGAAGAGCUGGACAGGGCUAUCGAGCCUCGCAAGGAAAAGACCAUCAUCUCGACCGGAGUCGGACAGCACCAAAUGUGGGCGGCUCAGCACAUCCGAUGGAGGCAUCCCCGCUCUUGGGUCUCAUCUGGUGGUCUCGGAACGAUGGGCUUCGGCGUUCCCUCAUCUGUCGGAGCCAAGGUAGCCAGACCAGACUGCACUGUAGUGUGCGUGGAUGGAGAUGCCAGCUUUAGCAUGACAGCUAUGGAGCUUGCCACAGCAAACGAGUUCAACGUGGGCGUCAAGAUCCUGGUGCUCAACAACGAAUUUCAAGGAAUGGUGCUGCAAUGGCAAGAUCUCUUUUACGAGCAGCGCUACUCUGGAACGAGGAUGACCAACCCGGAUUUCUGCAAACUGGCCUCGGCUAUGGGUUGCCACACUAUCCACUGCGACUCGCUCACCGACCUGCCGGCCAAGAUGAAGGAGUUCAUCGAGUACGAUAAUGACAGACCAGUCCUGUUCGAGUGCCGCGUCGUUACUGCCGAGCAUUGCUACCCUAUGAUCGCCGCCGGCUCCGCGUUGCACGAGAUGACGAUGCACCCGAGCCUUGUCGAGGGCUUCAAAUCCAUCAAGCCGGCAAACGCCUAAUCGCUUGCUAGCUUCACCUUCAAAAGCGCCCCUAAAGACCCGACGCAUCAUCCUGCCGCCGACGUCCUGUGCGCCCUUCGACUCACUGUCCCCAUGGUCUGUCUUAUUCGCUCGUCCUGCAUGUCAUCCUGUCUCGCGUACUCGAAUGCCUCUUUCCAUCUGAUGAAAUGGCAACUAUCGAGCGAAA